CGCCGAGAAGGAGGAGGAGGAGGAAGAGCCGCGCCAGCCCGACCGACCGAGCGAGCGAGCUCUCCCCGCGCCCGCCAUGGCCUCGCAGAACGACGACCCCGGCGCCGUCGCCCGCGCCCCCAGCAAGGCGGCCGAACCCGGCGGGGGCGCCGCCCGGGGCUCGGUCCGCAGCAGGCUGCAGCAGGAGCUGAUGACGCUGAUGAUGUCCGGAGACCACGGCAUCUCCGCCUUCCCGGAGUCGGACAAUCUCUUCAAGUGGAUCGGGACCAUCGAGGGCGGGGCUGGGACAGUCUAUGAGGACCUGAGGUACAAGCUGUCCUUGGAAUUCCCCAGCGGGUACCCCUACAACGCCCCCACCGUCAAGUUCCUCACCCCCUGCUACCACCCCAACGUCGACGUUCAGGGCAAUAUCUGUCUGGACAUUCUGAAGGACAAGUGGUCAGCUCUCUAUGACGUCCGGACCAUCCUGCUCUCCAUCCAGAGCUUACUGGGAGAGCCGAACGUGGAAAGUCCUUUGAACACAGAGGCUGCUGAACUCUGGAAGAACCAAGCCGCCUACAAAAAACGCCUCCAUGAAUCCUACCAAAAACAUAUGAAGAGCCAGAAUACUUGAUGUCCUUCCCAGGCAGCACCACUUUGCCCUGGGGGGAGAUAAUGUCUUUUCCCUCUUCUGUUUUAUCCUUGUAUUUUCUGUAUGUUGGCCCCUAUUGUAUUAUAGGUCAUUUUAAAGUUUUAUUUGGCUUUUUUUCCUGGUGUUAAUGUAUAAAUAAACGUCUCUUGUUUUUAUAAAA